ACUCAAUCCAUGUACUUGGCUGUUUUAUUUUGUUCUAAAAACCUCGGCUAGUUUUGACAAAUGCGUAAUUUUUAAUAUUGUUGAUAAUAUACAUUUUUACAUUUCACCCUUACAUCUGGCUGUAAUUUAUUUGAAAUGGAUUCUAUAACACUCGCUUCUGGCGAUAAUAAAAUUUCUUUAUCUCCAAGGCUAGAUGAUACGAAACUAGAUGAAAGAGAAGAGCCAACUCUUAUAUGUGAAGAGCAACAAACGGAAAAGGGAGAUGAUAAAGAGGGACAGAGUGAAGUCACAACGCAGAUGAUCGAUGACAAUGAAGCUAAAAUGAAGGACAGAAUAGCCCAGUGUAAAAAUAUAAUCGAGGCAUUAAAGAUUGAACUCAACGAAGAGAAAGCUAAACUAGAAAAGCAAAGUAAAAAUUCUCAACGUGUUUCUGAGCCUACCUCGAAAUGUACAACCAGCUAUCAGGGUCUAUCCACAUCUAACGUGUUUACAGCGGAUUUACCAUACAGCACCAACUUGUACAGCGACUGUGUGGAUAGUAAAUUGAAUUGUGACGAAAAUUUAAUGGAAUAUGAAAAACAACUACAAAAAUAUCAGAAUACACUUAAUUUAGCCCAAAUUGAAAAGAAAAAUGCGAUUAGGAAGCAAAUGUUGACCAAAGCUUAUCGCCUCAAGCUUUUAGAAGUAGAAAAUCAAUGUAACAUUGAACUCUUGAGAGUUAAGCAAAGUUUACAAUGCUUAGAGCCAUUGCAAAUCAUUGCAAGUAAAUGGAAAACGAAUUCUGAUGAAAUGUAUGAUGUCAAUAACUUUGAGUUGAUACCCAGGUAUCCAGAACUUAACGCUAAUUCCAGUAGUGACAUUACCUCCUUCGAAAUGGAUCUGAAAACUGUUACUGAAGCUGAAGCUGUAGCUAAAGAAGAUUCUGUAUAUUCGGAGUAAAUAACACAAAAAGCAGCAGGAACGUUUUUUAUGGUAAAUUGAGUAGAUUAAUAAAAUAUAUCUAGUUACUGCAGAUAGUGAGUAGUAAUUCUGUUUUCGGCAUUAAAAUUAAAUCAAAGUUAUUAUAUUAUAUUAAGAAAUGGUAAAAAUUGGUAGAGUAAAGAAACAUUUGUUGGUAA